ACACAUUCGCUCAAACACUCCCCACUCUUCUCUCUUUGUAGUUCUGAAUCUGAAUCUUACAUCUACUCAUCACAAAUGGCUUUGCUCGUAGAGAAGACUGCCGGUGGCCGGGAGUACAAGGUCAAGGACAUGUCCCUCGCCGAUUUCGGCCGCCUCGAGAUUGAUCUUGCUGAGGUUGAGAUGCCGGGGCUCAUGUCCUGCCGCACCGAGUACGGCCCUUCUCAGCCAUUUAAGGGUGCCAGGAUCACCGGAUCCCUCCACAUGACCAUCCAGACAGCCGUCCUCAUCGAGGCCCUCACCGCACUUGGUGCCGAGGUCCGCUGGUGUUCCUGCAACAUUUUCUCUACUCAGGACCACGCUGCUGCCGCCAUCGCCCGCGAUAGUGCUGCUGUCUUCGCUUGGAAGGGUGAGACUCUUCAGGAGUACUGGUGGUGCACCGAGCGUGCUCUCGAUUGGGGCCCCGAUGGCGGCCCUGACCUUAUUGUCGAUGAUGGAGGUGAUGCUACUCUCUUGAUCCACGAGGGUGUCAAGGCUGAGGAGAUCUAUGAGAAGACCGGGCAGUUUCCCGAUCCUGCCUCCACUGACAACGCGGAGUUCCAGAUCGUAUUGACUAUCAUCAGAGAUGGGCUCAAGACCGAUCCCAAGAAGUACCACAAGAUGAAGGAGAGAUUGGUGGGUGUUUCUGAGGAGACAACAACAGGAGUCAAGAGGCUGUACCAGAUGCAGAUUAAUGGGACUCUGUUGUUCCCUGCGAUUAAUGUCAAUGACUCUGUCACCAAGAGCAAGUUUGAUAACUUGUAUGGUUGCCGCCACUCGCUCCCUGAUGGCCUGAUGAGAGCUACCGAUGUCAUGAUUGCUGGCAAGGUUGGUGUUGUAUGCGGUUACGGUGAUGUGGGCAAGGGCUGUGCUGCUGCCUUGAAGCAAGCUGGAGCUCGUGUGAUUGUGACGGAGAUUGACCCUAUUUGUGCCCUUCAGGCCCUUAUGGAGGGAUAUCAAGUCCUGACUUUGGAGGAUGUGGUUUCUGAGGCUGACAUCUUUGUUACCACCACUGGCAACAAGGACAUCAUCAUGGUUGACCACAUGAGGAAGAUGAAGAACAAUGCCAUUGUUUGCAACAUUGGCCACUUUGAUAAUGAAAUCGACAUGCUUGGACUUGAAACCUACCCUGGUGUGAAGCGUAUCACCAUCAAGCCCCAAACUGAUAGGUGGGUCUUCCCGGACACCAACUCGGGCAUCAUUGUGUUGGCUGAAGGGCGGCUCAUGAACUUGGGUUGUGCCACUGGACACCCCAGCUUUGUGAUGUCAUGCUCAUUCACGAACCAGGUGAUUGCACAGCUGGAGCUAUGGUUGGAGAAGAGCUCUGGCAAGUAUGAGAAGAAAGUGUACGUUUUGCCCAAGCACCUUGAUGAGAAGGUGGCUGCUCUUCACCUUGGGAAGCUUGGGGCUAAGCUUACCAAGCUCAGCAAGGACCAGGCUGACUACAUCAGUGUUCCUGUUGAGGGUCCUUACAAGCCUGCUCACUAUAGGUACUGAAGGGGAGAAUGCCAGAGUCUGAGACAAGAUUUAUUCUCGUCGCAGAUGAUUAUCAUAUCAUUUCAUUCACCAAGAAGGAAAGAACGGGAAAAAACAAGUUUUUAUGUUUUGCAUUUUUUUUUAUGGGUAAGGGGAGGUGUAGGGACUGAGAAGCACACAUCUUUUGCUCAUCAAUAUCAAUAUUAUUAUAAGCAAGAAAAACCAACUUCUUCCUUAUAUUUGAAGUUUAAACUGUGGGGAUGGUCAAUUGUUAAGUUUACAUUAAAAUUUUUUAAGUUUACUUCCAAAAUUCAAGGUAAAAUUUUAU